AUGGACUUUCAGCCACAACCUCCGCCGUCUUCUGACCCUUCUCCGUCGCCCUCUGACCGUCCACCAGGAAUCACAUCUCCGGAGACGCCAUCAAACAAUCAGAACAACGAGAUUGAGGACAUAAUGGGAUGCGUCACGGCUUUAGAAGCAGCAUUGCUGCCAUGUUUGCCAGCUAGAGAGCUUCAAGCCAUCGACCGCUCUCCUCAUCCUUCUCAUCAAAUUGAUGUUGAGCGUCAUGCUAGAGAUUUCAUGGAAGCUGCUAAAAAGCUUCAGCUUUAUUUCAUGGGAUUGAAGCGAGAAGAUCACGCGCCCACAAGAGCUGAAAGUCUUAGGAAGGAGAUUGCAGUCAUGGAGGAAGAGCUUAAGACAAAAGAGGAGCUUAUAAAGAAGCACUCAAGGCUUAUCCAAGAAUCACAGAAGCUAGUGAAAGAUCAGAUUGAGAAACACAGAGUGGAGCUUGAGAAAGUCUAA